AUGGCCCCUCUACCGGAGCAACGAAUCACCCCAUAUUUACGCCCGUUUAGUUAUGUGGGAGUUGACUAUCUGGGUCCAUUUGAAGUGUCAGUAGGGCGCCGGUCUGAAAAACGUUGGAUAGUGCUAUUCACCUGCAUGGUUACGCGUGCAAUUCACUUAGAAGUGGCUUACAGAUUAACAACGCAAUCCUGUUUGAUGGCGACAUUCCGGUUUCUGAGUCGUAGGGAUUGGCCGCUCGAAUUUUUCUCGGAUAAUGGAACUAACUUCCAAGGAGCCAGUAAGGAACUGAAGGAAAUGUUUCGAACCAUCUCAGAAGGUUGUGCAGAUCAAUUCACAAAUGCAAUAACGAAAUGGACGUUUAAUCCACCGGCGGCACCCCAUAUGGGUGUGUGGGAACGCCUUGUCCGUUCCGUCAAAGAAGUACUAAAAGCUACUGGUGACGGUAAGCGACUAACAGACGAAAUUCUGCAGACUACGAUAGCGGAGGCCGAAGACAUCGUAAAUUCACGUCCCCUAACGUACGUAGAACAGGAAUCUGGUGAGCCUGAAACGCCUACCCCAAACCACUUCUUACGGGUAGCAUCAUUGCCGCGAUCAGUAGGAAAUCCUGUUUUACCAUUGCCUCAUCCGGCAGUGGCUCUUCGAGAUGCUUUUCAACGUUCGCAAGAAUUGGCAAAUUUAAUGUGGGAACGUUGGAUUCAGGAAUAUGUUCCAUCACUGAAUCAUAGGAAAAAACGGUUUGGGGAAACUACACCGCUAAAGGUGGGAGAUCUGGUGUAUAUUGUCGAAGGUAACAGCCGAAAAUGUUGGAUUCGAGGAGUAGUAGACGAGCUUAUAAUGCCGAAAGAUGGACGGAUUCGGCAAGUCUGGGUACGUACGAACAGCGGUCGGAAGAAGCGAGCAACUGCACAGUUGGCCGUGCUAGAAAUCGAGGAUGGUAACGCUGGAUCGGAUGUGCUCUCCGGAACCAGGUUACGGGCCGGGGGAUUGUUGCAGCCCACUGCGCCAACCGGUAUGGAAUCGGUUUAUUUUGAAAACGAUAUUGGCAGAUAG